AACAUCCUCUCGACCACAAGCACUGAAUUUGGCCUUUUCAUAUUUGACUCGUUUUUCAAUUUCAUUGACAAUAAGAUCUUGAACAGAGCUUUCCAUCCGGCGAACUCCAUCAAUAAUCCAAGGUGUUUGACAAAGUGUCGAUGAAAAAGGAAAAUCAACGCUCAUAAAGUGAUUACAAGAAGACGAUAAAAGUAGAGAAUCCUAGGACAAAACAAUACUCAAGGUGACCUUUAGGAACACGGAACUUACAAAUUAUUGGAGAGCUUGAUAAAUAGAGCCAUUAUGCAAGGAUUGGUAAUAAGUGAAAUUAUAUAAAUUGUUUGAACCGUCUAUUCAUGCGAGUUUGUGAAACUGGCUUUCAAAAGUCAUAUUGUAUUGGUAUCGUUCUAAUAAUGUUUAUGGUAUGCCUGAUGGUGUGAGGCUGAAAGAUCAUAUCAGUUCAGGCCAGUUUGAGCCAAGAGCAAACAUCGAUCUCAGCAGACCCCGCAACACCGGAAGUCGUAGUCCCUUUGCCAAUCGAGGAGGAUUGGCAAAGGUUAACAUACCAACAAGGAUUCCAAUUAAAAUAGAUACUCCAUCAUCUGUACCACCAGUACCAUCAGUUUCAUCUCCACCCUUAUCCGUUCCAUUAUCAUCAUCAGCCUCAUCCUCAUCGGUAUCAUCUCCAUUAACAUCUGAACUUUCACCAGAGAUUUAUUUUUUAAUUCGUCAACAUGCCAAGACAUUAACAGCCAUCAAUAAAAUUACCAAUCGUUUAGAGAAACUUGAGCACAAAGUUGAAGACAUAUGUAAAAAGGUUAAAAAAAUUGAUAAAUUUAAUGAAAGCCGUGGAAUGGGCGGCGGAGGAGGAGGAAUUAAGAAGGGUGAAUCUUCCUCUUCCUCUGGAAACAAUAAUACAACUACCACACCCAAUGCAUUAAGUGAUGACAGUGGAGUUGAAUACAGUCGGACAACAACUGGGACUGGUCAUGAUGAUGAUGAACUUUUAUGCCUGUUAAAUCAGAUAACCAAAUUUUCCGACUCAAUUAAGCAAACCUUAACUCAACCUAACAGUAAUAUUCACAGUCCACUGAAUCCAAGGACUGGUCAUCCAAUGAUUCCAGGUGAAAAUGGUUCAAUGGUUUACGGAUUGACCGGAAACACAUCUUCAACAGCCUCAUCAACUUUAAGGCAAUCCGUUACAUCAACUUCAAACACUAAGGGCAUUCGCUAUCCACAUCCACCCUCAACGCGGAAAACUCUACCAUCAUCUCCAGUGAAUCAGUCAAGGAUGGCUGACUGCCCUGAUCCAGCUUCGGCACCCCAGUCUUUCAGUGCCUUACUAUUUGAGUCAAAUGUUGAUCACUUCCUGGCUAACCUUGAUUUUAUGCCCGAGCCAGUUCGAGCUAGUGAAUAUUAUUAUCCGCCUUCAAUGCCCAUCUCUCCACCUCCUCAUCAUCAUCUAAAUCAUCAUCUACAACAUGUAAAAUCACACCCGGUUCCUGCUAGUCAUCUACUGACUGAAACUUUACAUCACCAGCACGAGCAACCAGAGCAGCAAUGAAUUGAUAAAUGCAAUGCUGUUUAUUAAAUAAUAUUAUCAAAUUAAAUGAUGCAUUAACAAAGAGUAAUAGCAAUAGAGAGAGCACGACAAUGAGAGCUAUAGAUAAGAGAGAUGAGAAGUUAAAAGGAGCAGGAAAGGAGGGAGUUAGCAACGAGAAAGAGAUUAGGAAAGAGACGACAAAAUGACAAAAAAAUAAAUGUAAACAAAUUUUUGAUGAGAAAAAGUUCAAAAAAAUUAAAAGGAUUGUUAGUGGCGCUACCGCGUUCUGCCCCUUUUCCCUUUUCCCUAUUUCUCAAACAUAGUUAACAUUGCGUGCUACCUCUUGUUAUACUCUUUGCAUAAAAGACUAAUCAACAAUCUCUCUUUGAAUUUCUUUCUUCAUCCUGUUGCUGCUUAAACUGAUAAAGAAACCAUCAUCAUUACCAUUAUUAUUUUCAUAGUUUACUUUGUUAAUCAAACUCUCCAAACACUCAGUUUGUGUUUAUGUUUUUACAGAGUUGAAGGUUAAAUAGUCACCUUGUCUAGUUGUACAUUGUUGAAUGAAAAUGAAACACACAAUUGUAAGUAGUUUAAUUAAUAACAUUUGAAUAAAUAAUUAAGCAAAA